AUGUGGCUGACGUUCACAGCAGAGCUGGGAUCACUUACUGGAAAGCACAUUCUUGUUUACUGGCACUUUUGCUUACAGGCAGGUGAGGCUGGCGCCAGCAUUAUUCGAGUGUCAAAAGAAGCCCGGAAGAGGUUCUUGGGCCCGCUCCACCCAUCUUUCAAUUUGGUGAAGACCAUUCGGAUCUGCCUGUCCAAGACUGUGCCAGAGAAUGGGCAUGAGGUUGCAGCAGGACGUUUGGGUAUUUCCCUGACACGGGUCUCUGAUGGAGAAAACGUGAUACUGUCAGACUUCAAUUCCAAGGAGGAGCUGAUCCAGGCCUGUGUCUGCAGCACCUUUAUCCCUGUCUACUGUGGGCUGAUACCUCCAACCUUGCGUGGAGUGAGAUACGUUGAUGGAGGGAUUUCUGACAACUUGCCACGAUAUGAGCUGAAGAACACAAUCACGGUGUCUCCAUUCUCAGGAGAGAGUGACAUCUGUCCACGGGACAGUUCCACAAACAUGCAUGAGCUGAGAGUCACCAACACAAGCAUCCAGUUCAAUCUUCGCAACCUCUACCGCCUCUCAAAGGCCCUGUUUCCUCCGGAGCCACAGGUGCUGCGGGAUAUGUGCAAGCAGGGCUAUCGGGAUGCACUGCACUUCCUGAAGAAAAAUGGUCUUCUUCAUCGUCCCAGUCCUGCCCGUCCUCUCCUUGCCAUAGAAGCCCCCCCAGAAGAGAAGAAAGAGGAAGAAACAGAAGCUGAGGACCAACUAGAGGAUAACACUGCCCUUGCUGUUGUUGAAGAGCAUAUCUUUGAACACUUGCCUCCCAGACUGAACCAAGCUCUUCUGGAGGCUUGUGCUGAAAGAAGAAGCCUCUUGACUGGUAUCACCAACAUGCUGCCUAUACGUGUGGCCACGGCAAUGAUGGUCCCCUAUAUGCUGCCUCUGGAGUCCGCAGUUUCCUUCACUGUCAGGUUGCUGGAAUGGCUCCCAGAUAUCCCUGAGGAUAUUAGAUGGAUGAGAGAGCAGAUGACUGAAAUCUGCAACUAUCUUUUGAAGAAAGCCAAGAAGAAACUGGGCAGCCAUCUUUCAGCCAGGCUUUACUAUCACCUUGAGCUUGGAGGGCCCCAGAGCCUGCCGGUUUCUUCCACACCAGCUUGUGGUGAAGCACUGCCUAUGUGGAUGAGAAGCAACCGUUCCCUGUCUGAUGUCAUGAUGAAGUGGGAGGAGUACCAGCGCCAGCUCAUGCUGGGCUUACUCUGCAUCAAUGUGGACAUGCAGGCCUCCCUCUUCCCUCGGGAAGGGUUUCAGAUAAAGUUUCCACCUCUAGACUGUGCAAAAGAGUGCCUGCCACUCUUCUGAGCCUGCUGCUGUGAGAGGAUGAGGGUGGGUGGGAAGGAGAGUGGAUGUAGGGUGGGACCAGUCUCAUCCCUCAGCAGCAGGACUGCCCUGUGCUCAUGAAUAUGCUGCAAAGGAGAUUUCCCCGGGAUGGAGACUGGUGGAAUUGACUGUAGCCAUUUGUUGCCCGCUGGGCCAGGCAAGGGGUCUCUGUGUUCAAAGGCACACGAGCUCCAGACUUGUGUUGAGGCCUGGCCAUUGCCCGUGGCCAGGCUGAUGCUGACCCAGCUGGGCUCUCCCAAAUAAUGCACUUUGAAUUGCCGUUGGCUUUUUACCGCCAAAUAAUCAGGACGUAGAUGACGCUCUCAAGUUCAUACAGCUUUUAGCUUCCUUUGGUUUUUUAGAGCACGAGUCUUGUUUUUUCUUAAAGCAUCUGACAUCUCUUAGCUCUUUGUGCUACUGAAAGAUGAAGUAGCCUCUUGCCAAACCGAUUUUUCUCAUGUCUUCCAAAUCUCCUCUUGACUUUCUUUGCUGAAGCCAUGUUCUUUCCUCUGUCCCUUAACUGCAUCCCCACUGGAAGCCAGAGCUGGCCCUGCUGCAGACUGCACUGGGACUGCAGAAAUGUAGAAAAGUUAUGUAUUUACCCUGAUUCAUGUUGUCAUGGUGUCCUGGUUUCUCCCCCUUUUUGAUUUUUGUCCUCAUAGAACUUCUGCAGCUUGAGUGUUAAGUAAGUCAUUGAGCUUAUUUUAAAGAAGUAAUUUAGACAGGUUGUUUUUUGUCAGGGAAACGGUGAAUUUGAGGCCCCAUUCCUGUCACUGUAAAUGGAAUUAAUGUGGGGUUGCCCUGGAAGAGCUCAGCUUACAGCUGAAGCAAGUGUUUGUAGGAAGGUGAGAUUGUGCAGGGCAUGUUAUUUUUGAGAGGCUUGUGGUGGAGUGUCACAGCAAGUGCUGGGGAAGUGGCUGCCUCUGACCAGGGGUUGGGCUUUGCCCCUUAAGGGACCAUACAACUGAAGGAAAUUCCAAGUGGGCAAUACAGAAGGGGUCUCCUGCCAAACUGGGUUUGGCUUUAUCUUUUGCUCCAAGAGUUUGGACAUUGAGGCUUUGGAGUGAGAAGGAGGUAGGCUUGUAGCUAUACCAGCUUCAUGGCUUGCCUGUCUCACGUUGUGGCUUGCAUGUACAGCUCUGCAGCUGGCAAUAGCAGGAAGAUGAGAAAUGGAAGUGAAGUUAGGGGAGUGGUGGUGCACACACAGCCUGCUUGGAACUGGCUACAUUUCUCUUGUCCCUUAAAAGACCAGAGCUAGUUGGUCUGCAGCAGGGCAGGACUCUGCCUGGUAAGGUAUUGCCUUCUCAAUGGGUGUCUGGUUGCGACUUUCUGUGCAGAAGCAUGAACUCUGUUCUUCACAGGGUGAGACACGGCUUCCUGUGGGGAUUGCAUGUACUUAAGCUUAAGUCCUUGCACUAUGACACAAAACCAGCUCCUGGUAUCUUUUUCUGCAGCAUGCCUAGCUGCAUGAGGCGUCUUCUACCUCUCCUAGCACAAACAGUAUGCAACUGGCCAAAGCAAACAUACGCUCUCUUUGCUGGGGAGCAGGACAGGGUAUCUGAAGCUGAUUACAUAGCCUAUAGGAGGAAUAGUGAUUUAUAACAGACUCUCUUUCGCACCUUUGAUUUAGAAAGGGAAAAUAACCCCAGAAGUUCUACUAAUAGCAGGAGAAAGUAGUGAAUCUGCUCGAUCGCAUCUGCAUGAGCAGCGUGGGUGAGGUGGUGGGUGCUGUUUCCUACCAGCACAAUUGUGCACUGGGCGUGAGUUUGAGUGUUUGCGGUGGAGACUGUGAUAAGCAUCAGGACUUUUCUGCAGUGGCCAUUGCAAGCUGUGAGGCAAUGUACUGGGCAGCUGUGGUGCUAACCGACUGUCUGGGAGACGCCCGUGCAAAUAAGGACUUGUGACUUAAGAGUAUCACCCCGCUGCCCUUCCUGGAUGUAGCCUACCUAUGUAACACAAGGGCCUGCAUAGCUUAUGAAGCAGGCCUGCGCUUACCCAGUCAGGUUUAGUCUUAAGGUUCACAUAGUUAAUGCAAUUAGGUAACAGGGAAGUUGCUAUGGGAAG